CCCUCACGCACCCACAAUCCCUCGCCCGAAACCCUUGCUGCCGCCACCUACGCCUCUUGUUCCGGCGUGUCCUGGCGGGCCUCGCUGGCGCGCAGCCCAGAUCUGAGCUCCCCUGCCUCCGCUCUUCCCUCCGCUCCGGCCAGAUCCGGCUCUCGCGUCCCCGGUAGCUCAUCCCCAACCCCUUCCCACGGCUAGGAUUUCGAGGGUGGCGUUCCCACCAAUUCCGGCGCGGAGGCGGCGACUGUGCUCCGCCCUCUUCGACGCCCACCAACCUAGACGCAUGGCACGGCCAUGGCCAUGGCGGCGGCCAGAUCCACCCCCUCCCUCAUCUCCUUGCUGCCUCCACCUCCUCCCGUCCUGGAGCGGCGUGUCCCGCCACCACCUCCUUCCUUGAUGCGUCCCGCAGCGACGCCCAUCGCGUCCCGCAGAUGUCGUCCCUCUCCCUCAAUCCCCACCCCCAACCAAAAUCUUCCCCAUCUCCUCCGGCCGAUUCUCCUCCCCUCUGCGUCCCCUUCCCCACCCCCGCUCCCAGAUCGCGCCGCGCGCCGCCCCUGACCGCCGCGGGAACCCCACCCCGCCACCGACGAGGCCCGACCCCCCGGGGGCCCAUCCAAGAUGGUGCUCGCGUAGCUGGGCGGGAGCAUCUCCCGCGCGCUCGUGCAGAUGAGCAACGCCACGGUCGACGAGAAGGUGCUCGGGGAGUGCCUCAACAAGAUGCCCCGCGCGCUCCUGCAGUCCGACGUCUCGUGGCAGGGCCAAGUUUUAAAAGCAAACUUGAUCGACAUGGCCUCGCAGAACACCGGGUCGGGAUCGUCAACUUCUUUGGGCAGUCUAUUUGAUUCUGAUGUUGAAGAAAACAGUGCCCCUUCAGUGCCCACCAUAGAAGCUGACCGAGAUACCGAGGAGCUAGAUUCUUUCUCAAAAAAGAGGUCGUAUUUACUGAGCAAAAUGAGCUUCUCGAAGCAAGAAGUCGAUAUGGCAGUCAGUGAGUUAGGUGAGUGUGCAUCAAUUGAUCAGCUUGUGAACUGGAUUGUGACCGCUCAAGAAGCUACAACUGAGCCAUGGGCAAGGGACAAGACUUGCAUCAACAUCGUGGUCAUUGGUGAUGUCGACCACCACUGGUCAUCUGAUCUACAAGCUUGGAGGUAUUGACAAGCGUGUGAUCGAGAGGUUUUAGAAGGAAGCCACUGAGAUGAACAAGAGGUCAUUCAAGUAUGCAUGGGUGCUCGACCAGCUGAAGGCUGGCCGUGAGAGGGGUAUCAACAUUGAUAUUGCCAUGCGGAAGUUCGAGACCACCAAGUAUUACUGCGCUGUCAUUGAUGCCCCUGGACACCUUGAUUUCAUCAAGACUCCACCACUGGUUGUUUCUCCUAGGAUGGCUGGACCUGUCAGCACGCCCUCCUUGCUUUCACUCUUGGAGUGAAGCAACAAGGUGAAUGGAACUUGUGUUGUUGGUAGAACUCCGUUGAGGACUUCUACCCAUGUUGAAGAGCAUGUUCUGUGGUAUCCAAGAGUAGCUAGCUUCUGUACUGGCAGAGCGGUCUAUUUGUAGAUCCCAAUAUUUAUGAUUGUGUGGAUCUGGGUGAAGUUUGAAGUUCCUGGGUAUGCAAGAUUCGAUGGUUAAACUGGUUGAUGUGAUGGAAUGAGUGUAUGGAAACUGGGUGUUGUGAUGUGAAUGAGUGUAUGUAGUUUCACGUGUUC